ACCACCAUCCUCACUUCCAAUACGCACCGUAUCAGCAGCACCAACACCAACACAAGCCGCCGCAUGAGCGUGGUGGAUCUGGUGAAGACGUGAAGACUCUCUGGAUCGGUGAUCUUCUUCAUUGGAUGGACGAGACUUAUCUCCAUACUUGCUUUUCUCACACCGGCGAGGUUUCUUCUGUGAAAGUGAUUCGUAACAAGCUAACAUGUCAGUCAGAAGGGUACGGUUUUGUUGAGUUUCUUACACGUGCUGCAGCUGAAGAGGUUCUUCAGAACUUCAGUGGUUCAAUAAUGCCCAACUCUGAGCAGCCCUUCCGUCUAAACUGGGCAUCUUUCAGUACCGGUGAGAAGAGAGCAGUUGAGAACGGUCCGGAGCUGUCGAUAUUCGUUGGAGACUUGUCUCCGGACGUGACUGAUGCUAUGUUGCAAGAGUUGUUUGCCGAGAGAUAUCCAUCUGUGAAAAGCGCCAAAGUUGUGAUCGAUUCCAACACCGGCCGGUCCAAAGGCUACGGUUUUGUCAGGUUUGGCGAUGAAAGUGAGAGGUCAAGUGCUUUGACUGAGAUGAACGGAGCUUUGUGUUCCAACAGGGAGAUGAGAGUUGGUGUUGCGACUCCUAAAAGAGCUGUUGCUAAUCAUCAACAACAUUCUUCACAAGCUGUGAUACUGGCUGGUGGACAUGGAGCAAAUGAUUCUAUGGCUAAUGGUGACUCAAACAACUCAACAAUAUUUGUUGGCGGUCUUGACCCUGACGUUACUGAUGAAGACCUCAGACAACCUUUUAUAGAGUUUGGUGAGGUUGUUUCAGUGAAGAUCCCAGUAGGCAAAGGAUGUGGAUUUGUCCAAUUUGCUAACAGGAAGAGUGCUGAUGAUGCAAUCCAGAGUUUGAAUGGGACAGUGAUUGGCAAGAACACUGUCAGACUCUCUUGGGGUAGAACCCCAAACAAGCAGUGGAGAGGAGACUCAGGGCAGCAAUGGAAUGGAGGAUACUCACGAGGGCAAGGUUACAGCAACGGAGGAUAUGCUAACCACCACGACUCCAACACCUAUCCUGCCGAGACUUGAAGAGAAGAGAAGAGACUCAAGUGAUCAUGAUCCCACACAAUCAAUCAAUGCUAAACUUGUAGUGGAAAAAAGAGAAUUUUGUUAGAUGGAUUUGGUUUCGUUAGACUUAAUGUUGUUGUUCGGAGAUUCAAAGAUUUUGGUUACUACUGGUUUGUCUUUAGACAAAUAGUUAUUAUGGUUGUGCUUGUUGGAUCA